GCUGCUGCCGCUGGCCUCCGUGGCCAUCAUUGGACAUGAAGCCUAUCUAGCAUGCUCGUUCUGAUUACAUUAUCAACCACAUAUUGAUCGAUCAGCACUAGAUACCGACAGUGCGAGGUCAUCGCAUUCAACUGCUAUAAACGGUUAUGGCCGCCUGAGCGAAGACAGUUUCUACGGCCUCGUCGGCCUCGACUGAGGCGGCGACCAACUGAAGUGGCAGUCAGAUCUCGGACUCGGAUCCCAUGACGCUUGAACAGCAGUCAGUCCGGGAGACUCACAGUUCCGCAACCGCCAGCCACGAUUGCGGAUGUCACACGGUACGACUGUUCCACAAUCUGCAUGGCAGCGAAUAUGGGCGUAUGUGUGGUACCUGGCGCGUGAUAGUAUCCCACAUCCGUCAGGCUGCGGGCGAAGAUCGCGGAAAGGAGCGUGGAGUUGUUGUGCAAGCUCGUGGACACAUCGACGCAGCUUUCUGCGCUGAGAGACAAGUUGGUACCUGAGACGCACAUGCUGACGAAGCCACCCUAGUUAGUUGCCAACGAUUUCCAGCCCGCCGUGACAUACUGUCCGGGGAUCGUGUAUGCAUGCAGCUGGCCCCUAUAUCUCUUCAACCGCACGACUUACAGCUCUCGAAGAGGGAUAAGAGGAAGGGUAGUGGUAGUAGCCCCCGAAGAGUUGGAACGAGACCUGGCUGACAUUCUGGAGUCCCUGGUUGUAAGUGGUGGACUGGCAGUCGCUCGGCAGCGGUGCAGGCAGAGCCAACACGGGAGAUAUGAGCAGUGGAGGUACAGACAGGAGCAUAUUGGGGAGGUAUCGCGUAGAUCCAACUAGUGGCAAUGGUAUCGGAAAGCCCUUGGGUAUGGACGGUGCGUGAUUAGCAACGUCAGAGAGAGGUGCCGGUGAGGGACCUACUCGAUUUCUUAGUGACACUAGUUCUAACUGGG